CAAGUCGACGGACAACUCUUGUCGCUUACAAUUAUUAUUAUACACGAUGUACACAUGAUCUAAAAUCAUAAUUUAUGUAAUGCAUAGUAUAUUUAAAUUAUUGUAGAAAAUCAAAAAUUUAUUAAUAGCCGCUGGAAUAGUGCCACAUAUUUGAGCCCACGGGGUCCGUGUAAAGGUCAACUUUGUGAGGGUGAGAUUAGAACAGCAACAUGUGGAACAAAGUUGUGUUUUCUUCGAGGUCGACCUCACGCCUCCUCUUCUUCUCUCGGCCACUCCGGCCGUUUGUUUGUGGACGUUUACGUCCGAACCCCAGCAGACCAAACUCCGGCAAAAGCUUCAAUGUUCCACCGAGCGCCGAGUUUGUGGCGAGAGUCUCCGGGAUCCCAACGAUGGCCAAACUGCCUUACACGAACAAAAUGGCGGGCCUGGAUGCCGCCUUCAUUGGCGUCCCUAUCGAUACUGGAACCUCCAACAGACCAGGAGCCAGGUUUGGUCCCCGGCAGAUCCGAGUGGAAUCGUCCAUGCUGAGGGCCUAUAACGCCGGCACCCGUGCCGCCCCUUUCGAGUCCCUGGUGGUGGCGGACAUCGGAGACGUCAACGUCAACGUGUACGACCUGAAGGACACGUGCAGGCGCAUCAGGGACGCCUACAGAGACGUCGUGUCCUCGGGCUGCAUCCCUCUCACCAUGGGUGGGGAUCACACAAUUACAUAUCCGAUCUUGCAAGCCGUUGCUGAAAAGUACGGCCCAGUGGGGCUGAUCCACGUGGACGCUCACUCUGAUACCAGCGAUGUGGUCCUGGGGGAAAAGAUCGGCCAUGGGACGCCCUUUAGACGAUGCGUGGACGAGGGCCUGCUGGACUGCAAGCGAGUGGUGCAGAUCGGCCUGCGAGGUUCGGGCUACUCGGCCGACGCGUACGAGUGGAGUCGAGCACAGGGGUUUCGUGUGGUGCAAGCGGAGGAGUGCUGGUUCAAAUCCCUGGCGCCUUUAAUGGCUGAGGUCAGGGGUCAAGUCGGCAGCGGCCCCGUCUACCUCAGUUUCGACAUCGACGCUCUCGACCCGGGCUUUGCACCCGGAACAGGGACACCUGAGAUCGCCGGGCUCACCCCCAUACAGGGGGUGGAGAUCAUUCGCGGCUGCCGUGGACUCAGCCUGGUGGGUUGUGACCUGGUUGAAGUGUCUCCGCCCUACGAUACAACAGGAAACACUGCCCUGACAGCUGCCAACCUCCUCUUUGAAAUGUUGUGCGUGCUCCCAAAUGUCAAAUACUACUGAUAGUCAGCAAGCUGAACUUUAUAUGUCACCUAUCGCCAACAUUCUUCUAUUUCUGGUCUGAAAUCAUAUUUGACAAUACAUACCAAGGUGUCACGUACAAGAGAAGUGUAUCAAAUGUGCCACAUGGGGGUGCAAGUGAGUGGAUUUAUUCACAUAUUUACAUUAAAACACUUGAAUAGGAGUUUCACCAACGCAUUUAUUGUGUAUUUUAUGACAAUGUCUUAUGUGAAGAGAUGUUUGCAUCAAAUUGAGGCAAUUAAAGUCCAUAAU